AUUAAUUGAUGUUUAAUAUUUUUAAUAUAAGUUGUGAAAUCCGAAAAUAUUCGUUAUGUUAUAACUACAAGAUGUUUCAUUAAACUUUUAACCAUUCAGGUUAUCAGCAGGCUUGGUGGCAUGCCCUUCACUGUUUUGGAGCCAAAGUUAUUGCUUUCUGUAGUUUUAUGUAAAUAAAUAUUUCGUAUAAAAUACCAUGAAUCGAAUAUUUACAAAAGAAUCCAUCAAAAGUACUUUAAAAACAUGAAUAUUUCUAAAAGUGUACAAUCGAAACGUAUUAAAACUUAAUGUUCUACAAAGAGUUCGGUGGUGUAAUAAUUUCAACAUAAAAUAAUACUUAUGCAAAUUAACGAUAAUAAAGAAUAUGCUCGUAUCUAAGUACAUCGAUAUUAAUAUAGCGGGUAAUGGAACCAACAGCUUAAAUCGAUUUUAAUGAGUCAGGCUUCGUGAUUCUUUAUUUCCUUUCGUAUAAAAGUCACAUUACUAAGCAGCACCCAUAAGACAUAUGUACUUGCUAUUGUUUUUUGAGUAACAUUAUUUGUGUCAAAGAACUGAACAGUCUAUCAAUGAGAAAACUUCUGAAUUUAAUUUCAUAUUUCCAAUAAAACAAACAUCACAAAGAGUCACAAAAGUGUCUUUUGUUUUAAGUCUUUCUCUUCCAAAUCUUCUCUCAAUCGUCACAACCAAACUCACAGUGGAGAGAACAUAUUCGCAUGUGAUAUAUGUAAAAAAUGUUUUGCAAGUAAAUUUGAGAUGACAUCUCAUCGUAGAAUUCAUACAGCAGAAAAACUUUACCAGUGCAUUGUAUGUGAUAAACGUUUUGCUCAAAAAUCUACUUUGUCUACACAUCUCAGAACGCACACAGGAGAGAAGCCAUUUGAAUGUGACAUAUGUAAAAAAUGUUUUGCAAGGAAAUUUCCAAUGACAUGUCAUCGUAGAAUUCAUACAGGAGAAAAACCUUACCAGUGCAAUGUAUGUGAUAAACGUUUUGCUCAAAAAUCUGCUUUGUCUGUACAUCAUAGAAAGCACACUGGAGAGAAGCCAUUCAAAUGUAAUGUAUGUGAUAAGAGUUUUUCUAUAAAUAGCAAUCUUUCUGUUCAUCUCAGAACGCACACAGGAGAGAAGCCAUUCGAAUGUGAUAUAUGUAAAAAAGGUUUUGUAACAAAAAUGGAAAUGACCCGUCAUCGUAGAUCUCACACAGGAGAGAAACCUUAUCAGUGUAAUAUAUGUGAUAAAUUUUUUUCACGUAAAAGUUUUUUGUCUGUUCAUUGCAGAAAGCAUACAGAAGAAAAGCGUUAUAACUGUGACAUAUGUCACCGAACAUUUAAAUAUUACUCAGGUUGUCAUAAACACAAAAAAAAUACAUACCGUAUUAGAAAAAUUUACGUGUUGUUUAUGCGGCACUUCUUUUAUAUUUCCAAUAAAACAAACAUCACAAAGAGUCACAAAAGUGUCUUUUGUUUUAAGUCUUUCUCUUCCAAAUCUUCUCUCAAUCGUCACAACCAAACUCACAGUGGAGAGAACAUAUUCGCAUGUGAUAUAUGUAAAAAAUGUUUUGCAAGUAAAUUUGAGAUGACAUCUCAUCGUAGAAUUCAUACAGCAGAAAAACUUUACCAGUGCAUUGUAUGUGAUAAACGUUUUGCUCAAAAAUCUACUUUGUCUACACAUCUCAGAACGCACACAGGAGAGAAGCCAUUUGAAUGUGACAUAUGUAAAAAAUGUUUUGCAAGGAAAUUUCCAAUGACAUGUCAUCGUAGAAUUCAUACAGGAGAAAAACCUUACCAGUGCAAUGUAUGUGAUAAACGUUUUGCUCAAAAAUCUGCUUUGUCUGUACAUCAUAGAAAGCACACUGGAGAGAAGCCAUUCAAAUGUAAUGUAUGUGAUAAGAGUUUUUCUAUAAAUAGCAAUCUUUCUGUUCAUCUCAGAACGCACACAGGAGAGAAGCCAUUCGAAUGUGAUAUAUGUAAAAAAGGUUUUGUAACAAAAAUGGAAAUGACCCGUCAUCGUAGAUCUCACACAGGAGAGAAACCUUAUCAGUGUAAUAUAUGUGAUAAAUUUUUUUCACGUAAAAGUUUUUUGUCUGUUCAUUGCAGAAAGCAUACAGAAGAAAAGCGUUAUAACUGUGACAUAUGUCACCGAACUUUAAAUAUUACUCAGGUUGUCAUAAACACAAAAAAAAUACAUACCGUAUUAGAAAAAUUUACGUGUUGUUUAUGCGGCACUUCUUUUGCUCAAGAAGAUAAAAUGGUUAAUCAUGUUUGGCUGCAUAUUAAUUCAGGUUGUCCAAAAUGUAACUGCCAGUUCUCAUGUGAACGAAGCUUUUUAGCUCACGUUCUUCAACAUUCUAAAGAAACACCGCGACUGUGCGAAACUUGCCUUAACCCUUUUGCUCGGAUUUCUGCGUUUAAGUUGUAUAACACUAUUCUAUUUUUUCCGGAAAAUGCAUCUUACUGCACGGAUUGUGGAUCAAAAAAUAUUUUCAAGUGCCCAAAAAUGUCAAGGGUAUGCGAAGAAUGCGGAAAAUCUUUUGCCAGACCAUACAAUUUGAAACGUCAUUUACUAAUUCACACAGGAACGAAACCCUUUAAAUGCGAUAUCUGUGAACAAACGUUCUCAAUGAAAGAGAACUUGAAUCGUCAUAUGAGAAGUCAUGCCAGUACUUCCGGUGCAAUAUUCGAAUGUACAAUAUGCGGUAGAAAAUUUACCCGAAAAGAAAAUUUGGAAAAUCAUCUUCGGAUACAUACUGGUGAGAAACCAUUUCCUUGUGAUUUAUGCGACAAGAGCUUCAGAACUAAGUCGUUGAUGCGUGCUCAUUCGAAAACUCAUUCUUCAAGCCCUUACACUUGUCCUACAUGUAAUGCAACUUUCAAAACGAAAAAAAAUUAUGAACAACAUUGUCUGAAGCAUUCCAGUUUAAAUCAGUUUAUAUGUGAAAUCUGUAACCAAUGUUUUGGAAAUAAACAGGAAUUAGAUGAUCACAAUCUCGCUCAUAAAGACGAAAAUCCAUUUCUUUGUGAAGUCUGUAAAAAGAAAUUUCCUAACGUUUCUAGCUUUCACAAUCACUCCAAAACUCACAGCCGUGUACGUUGCGGUGUAUGUAGUGCAGCAUUUCUUUCAAAGGAAGCUAAGAACGAACAUAUUCUGAAGAUUCAUGGAAAGGACUACCUCGAUUCAGAAUCUGAUAUUUUCAAGUGCCCAAAAAUGUCAAGGGUAUGCGAAGAAUGCGGAAAAUCUUUUGCCAGACCAUACAAUUUGAAACGUCAUUUACUAAUUCACACAGGAACGAAACCCUUUAAAUGCGAUAUCUGUGAACAAACGUUCUCAAUGAAAGAGAACUUGAAUCGUCAUAUGAGAAGUCAUGCCAGUACUUCCGGUGCAAUAUUCGAAUGUACAAUAUGCGGUAGAAAAUUUACCCGAAAAGAAAAUUUGGAAAAUCAUCUUCGGAUACAUACUGGUGAGAAACCAUUUCCUUGUGAUUUAUGCGACAAGAGCUUCAGAACUAAGUCGUUGAUGCGUGCUCAUUCGAAAACUCAUUCUUCAAGCCCUUACACUUGUCCUACAUGUAAUGCAACUUUCAAAACGAAAAAAAAUUAUGAACAACAUUGUCUGAAGCAUUCCAGUUUAAAUCAGUUUAUAUGUGAAAUCUGUAACCAAUGUUUUGGAAAUAAACAGGAAUUAGAUGAUCACAAUCUCGCUCAUAAAGACGAAAAUCCAUUUCUUUGUGAAGUCUGUAAAAAGAAAUUUCCUAACGUUUCUAGCUUUCACAAUCACUCCAAAACUCACAGCCGUGUACGUUGCGGUGUAUGUAGUGCAGCAUUUCUUUCAAAGGAAGCUAAGAACGAACAUAUUCUGAAGAUUCAUGGAAAGGACUACCUCGAUUCAGAAUCUGAUUAAAGCAUUGUUAUCAUCUAUGAAUAAUUAUAAUUCAAAUUAAAUUCAUUUUCACAUCCAGAAAUUAAUGAUUUUUUUAAUAUUCUAUUGUUAUCAUUAAUUUUAUAUUUAUCUUUAUUGUUCUUUCUUCUUGUUGUAUCUACUGAAUAUUGAUGUGGUUCAUAAAUAAAGUAUA